AUGUAUCAGUCGACAGUUUUCAUGGCCUUGGCAGCCCUUUCGAUAGGUGCAUCUGGCAUUGUGCUGCCCAUUAACACGAUUUUGCCAACCCAGACCUGCGAGUUCCAGGAACUUAAGAGCAACCAGUCUAUCAUCUUUGGCUGGCAGCUCGCGGGAGCCGUGCUCGAGAGUGCAGAAAAAGGAGCUAUUUGUAAUGCUCUUCCACGCACUGGUCUGGUGAAAGCCGGGCUUGAUAUCCUGAACAUCAAAGAGCACGUUUGCUCACCUUCCUCGUCCAAAAUUAACGCUACUUCUGCCUUGCCAAUGCUGGUCCGAUACAACUCCGCAGCCUUCACAACCAUGCUCACGCACGUUUUCCCAGAGGAGAAUGCACCCGACUUCCGCUACCUUUGCGAUAACAUCCGCUUCGUCCAGCUUCGUGCCUUUAUGCUCAAUGAUGCGCAGAUUGUUACUGCGAUCUGCAACAAAGGUGGCCCAGGCGCUCAGAUCUCGCCGGAGCCUUUUACCUCUCUCGCCAAGCCCAACGAUACCGCCGUGGCAGCCUACCGGAACACCGCUAGCAAGCUCUUCGCUCGCAACUACGCCGCUACAGCCUCAUCUCCGCAACAACUAARGGGAUACUGCAACCGUGCACCGACCUACCAAUCCAAUCUGGAGCAGCUGUAUCUGGACCCCCAAGCCGUUUCCAAGGAACUAUGCAGUCUGCAGACAGUACCAACAGUCGCCGAAACGCAGGCAUCGAUCAAGGACCUUACAACCCAGCAAUUCAUUACUGUUGUGGAGAACAUGAGCAAUGUGCCCGGAUGGAACAAGUGGCUGUGUCAGCAGCUCAACCAGAAUGCCAUCGAUGCCACGGGUCUCGAUGGUGCGACUAUCAAGACGGAAAUUUGCGGACAUUCAACCCAGCUAUAG